CUGCAAGGUAUUUUUCGGUACAUAAAUUGGGAGUGGAAGAAGUUCGAAUCUGAUGAUAAUUGGGAAGGAGGCCAUCCUGCAAAGGAAAAAGGAGCUGGACGGGUUAAUGGAGGAGGAUUGGACAUUCCAGCCAUAGUCCAAUUGGCAAAUCAAGCACCAAACAACAAUGUUGCUGGAGUUGGAGGAAGCGCCAAGGUAGGAGGCCUUCAUGCAAUUGCCAAUGGAGUUAGAGCUGAACGGGUUAAUGAAACAGCAAACUGA